AUGAUAGGGAGCAGAAUUACAAAAUGCGGAGAUCAGAGUGUCCGCGUAGCCCGCCAUACCAAUUAUUUAAAUGCAACAGAGCGACCACUGUCAAGUCUGUGCACUACGCCAGGUUUCCUGCGCCCAAACAAAGUGAGCGCUGGAUUAAAUGGGACAAAUAGAUGCAAUGGGAAAAAAGAAAGUUUCUUAAGAUUCGGGAUGAAAAAUCGUGGUAAAAAUAAGAAGAAACAGUGGAAACGUAUUUUGAACAAUAUUUCCACAGAACUACACGAUGCUGCUAAGCGUAGGGAACUAACAGCCGCAGGUUUUGUUGUUAAGAAGGAGGACGAAGUUAAAAUCGUCAAAGGCGACAAGGAGGCUGCCAAGGAUCAUCCAGAAAUUCCAACUGCUGGCAGUUUUGUUGAAAGAUGUGUUUAUCGACCAAGGAGGCGUUCCGUAUUCCAACGUUAUGUUGACAUUUGGGGUGAUGAACAGAGCAAAAAUGGUAACGAUUCUAUCAAAUCUACCGAUAUUGCCCCGAUAUUACCUCCUCCAGAGCUCAUCUGUCCGGCUGGCCAGUCGUACAAUCCCAGCGCAGUGGACCACCAGGUGCUACUGCUUCACGUGGCUAAGGAGGAGGUGAAGGCAGAGGCUGCGGCCAAUCCACGCACCGCCAGGAAGCAGAAGAAAAAACGACGGAAGCUGACCCAAGCUCAGCUUGAGGCGCUGCGAAUUAAGGCCAAGGAAAAGGGUAGGAAACCCACUGCUAAGGAGCUGGCAAAGCGGAUGCAGACGGAUUUGGAGAACAUCCCAAAACUGUUGAAGGAGAUUCGCAAGGAGGUCCGGCAGCAGGAGGUACGACGCCAGCGGCGCCAGUUGAGGGCAGCUAUACGCAAGUACGAGAAGACGCCCAAGUUCCCCACUUCCUUCCAACUGCCUGGUGAACUGGCCCCGUCGUUGCGUCAACUUAAGACGGAUGAAGCUUGGAUGAGGGAGGUGGAAUUCAAGCGCAACAAGCUGCCGCGAGCUCGAAAGACCCUCGGAAAGAAGGCUGAGACCACAACCUAUGUGCGCAGGAGUAGAAGAAACUGA